UAGACGAGAUAGAAAUUGGACUCGAUCAUUGUCAGAUGUUUUCACGUCACUUAUUAAUAAUAUUCCAACAUUGAUUAUUAACUAUCAAGUAGUUGCGACUCAUAAAUUAAGGAUAUCGUAAAAUUUUAACAGAAAUGACAAUUUUGCAUACGCUAAGGUUAGUUUGGUACUUCUUAGAGUUUUCCUUUGAAGCAAUUUGGUACAAGUUGUGGGGAGGCAGUAGCGAGGACAGAGACGAGGAAGAUGUCAGAGGUAAAGUAAUUGUGGUCACCGAUGGAAAUUCGAGAAUUGGCAAAUCCCUCUCCAUGAAAUUGGCCGAUCGAGGAGCAACAGUAAUAUUGGGAUGUAAUAGUAGGAAUAUGACAAAAGGAAAGGAGGCACAAGAGGACAUCAUGUACGAAACAAAGUCUCGGAAAGUUUUCCUUGUGCAACUCGAUCUGGAGAGCUUUAGUUCAGUUCGACAGUUUGCAGACCAAGUGGCUAAACAAUUUCCACAGAUUCACAUUUUGAUCAAUAACGCUGAAAUUUGUAACCAGACUCUCGAUCUAGAAACAUGCCAACAAGGAUAUGAAAAACACAUGUGCAUAAAUCACUUGGGGCAUUUUCUGUUGACAAAUCUGCUGCUUCCGAAUCUUCAGGUGGCAACUCCGAGCAGAGUAGUUGUCACCUCCUCCUCAACGAUGCUAUUUUCAAACCUCAAUGCAGACGACAUUAUUCUGCAAAAAUACUCGAGCCCUUUAAAAACUUCCACGAGCUAUGCAACUAAUUUGUCGUAUAAUAAUUCCAAAAUGGCAAAUUGCUUAUUUGCCAACGAUCUGGGAAGGCGAUUGAGAGGACAAGGAGUCACUACUUAUUCCGUGUGUUCGGGCAUCUGUGACGCACAGGUCUUUGCGACCACAAGAGGAGCUAUAAUGAUGGCUAAAUUAUGGUGGACAAUCAUUGGUUUGUCACCAGCGAGGGCAGCCGACUCUAUUUUAUAUUGUGUGCUCUCCAGACGAUGUGAAGAUGAAACGGGAAAGUUUUAUCGAUUCGAAAAACUUUAUCAGCCUGGAAAUCGGAAAAUAAAGACUGAGGCUGCAAGAACACUGUGGAUAGCAAGUGACAAAGCUGUUAAAUAUUACAUGACUGAUGAACCAGCAGUAUAGUAUGUUCUCGUAUUACCGAAUUAACAUGGUUUUGAAUGGAGUGACGGGAUGCGAUUUUCAAAUAAACUCUUCUAGCUUUCAGAACCUAACUGAUUCCUUCUUUAUGAGAGAUGAGAUAAAAAUAAAAUUGGGGAAUUGGUCAGGUUCAUAAAUGAAAAUUUGAUUACAAUAUGGACUGGACAAAUAGAAUAAUGUUUGUACUGCACAUAAAUAGACCUAUAUAAAUAUCUUACAGGUUCUAAAUAAUUAUGAGUGGAAUGUUGAUGAUGGCUAAUGAAAAUAGGACUGAUUUAUGUAUAAGUGCUCUUAUCCCUCUUGCAUUACUCGAUAUACUUGAUGAGCACCUUUCUAUAAAUAAUCUGCAAUAAAAUUUAAAAUUUUGAUUGUUUCUAAAAUAGUAGAA